AUGCAUCGUUGGGAUGCGUUUAAACCGUUAGUUUCGUCUCUCUGCAAAAAGAAGCCUUCAUGGGAAACCGCAAUUGCUCAUUAUCAAAGAUCUUUAGUUGAAGUUGGUUCCUCUCUCGAAUUGGAGCAUGCACAACGGAUUGCCCUGUUGUUUUUGAAGCAAAAUGGGGUUCCGGGACAGCUGAGCUCAUGGGCACGUCUUUUUUCUUUUGAGGAUAUUCCCACUUGCUCCUUGAUGUUAAAAGCACUUGUUCGCCAUGAUUUAUGGCGUUCGGCAAUCAACCUUUGGGUAUGGAACCCAAAUGACGCAACAGGGGAAGCCUUGAUUGAUGAAUUAGCGUUUUGUAACAUGUGGAAACAGUCAAUAUAUGUACUUCAGCAGCUUAUUAUGAAUGAAAAAUUUUAUAGCGAUUCAAAAAAAACGAUAACAGGGGAUAUUAUAGAAGAGAAACAUAUUGAUAGUGAUGUAGCUUUGGCAUUAAAUGAUGCGUUUCGACUAGCAAAUGACCCGACUUUUAUUCCUCCUGAAGAAAGAAGAAGACGAGGUACCAUACCUCAUCUUGUGAACACAGCUUUUCCGUUGAAGUCCCAGUGGCAAAGGGCUAUCUCCUUGUUAGUGCGACUUAGUGAACGUGACAUAUCGUCAGAUACGCGAAAGGAACUCUUAGAUGUUGCUGCGGCCCGUUUAGCCUAUCAAGCUGGAAAGAUGGAGGACACAUUUUUUUGGAUUAAAGAAACGGAAUAUUUUCGUGGGUCAAGAUCAUUGCAACGAACCUUUUUUCGUUCUGCUAUUUCUAUUCAACGUUAUGAAGAGGCCAUCUCCAUAUUGGAAAUUUUGAGCAAUCAUGGAAUUGAAGAGAUUCCAUCCGGUAGCUUACAGGAUCUUUGCAAAUGUUUUGUUCGAGAAUAUAAUGCGGGAAAAUAUGUGGAGCUUUUAGAUCGAUUUUCCACUGUGGUUUUGAAAUGUUCAUCAAGAAUAUAUUCUAAAGAAACCAGAGAUGAAUUGAGGCAUUUUUUCCAAUGUAAUGCUGUCGACACAACUGCAUUGGAUUUUGUAGGUUCUCUUGAACGUACAAGAGGAUCAACUUUUAUUUUUGGCGAUAGAUCGCACUUGGAAGGAAUUGUGACAAGUGCAACUGACAUUGACAAAGCUGCGAGUGCCUUGCUUCAUAAAGGGUAUUGGAAAGCAUCGUUAGAACUUCUUAAGAGGCUUUUGGAGGUCAAGCCACUUAAUGAAAAUGAGGAGGUUCUUAUUGAGGCGGCUCGAGUCUCGUUGGGGAGUUGGAAAACAGCCAUCCUAUUUAUUGCAUAA